AUGCUUACUUUGGUUUUGUUCUUCUUGCUCCAGAACAUUUUACCUCAGGAGCCCGGUUUCAUUCAUCCCAGGUGCUUUUGGAGAAUGAAGCAGAAUGAAGAGACUGAUGGAGACACAUUGAGAUAUUAUACCUUUCUUAUUGGCCCAAGGAAUAGAACACAUGCUGUGGAGGAUUUGGAAGAUAAAUACCUAUUUUCAUACAUAAAAACAUUGCAAACACCAAAGAAAAACUAUCAGCUUGUAAUGGCCUUAAUUUUUUCCUUGGAUGAAGUCAACAGGGACCCUGAUCUUUCUCCAAAUAUGUCUUUGCAAUUUGAUAUUUUGCCAAGUGGGUGUAAGACUAUGCCACAAUUUCACAGUUGCCUUCGAUAUCAUAAUAUUCUCAAUGUUCAACAUACUGAUACUUUGUAUCAUAGUUUUCACUGUAAAGAAUGGAACAAAUGUAUAGUUAUGCUUUCAGGACCAAGCUGGGUAGUGUCUUCUAUGGAUGGAAAAACCUUGCACAGCCUCCUUCCUUAUCAGUUUUUUCAGCUCACCUACGGACCCUUUCAUCCUGUCCUGAGUGAUCGUGAACAAUUUCCUUUUCUGUACCAAAUGGCCAGUGAGGACACAUCUCUACCCCUGGCUAUGGUCUCCCUCAUACUCCAUUUCAGCUGGAACUGGAUUGGGCUGACCAUCUCAGACAAUGAUCAGGGUAUCCAGUUUCUCUCGUAUUUGAGAACAGAGAUGGAAAAAAAUACACUCUGCUUUGCCUUUGUUAACAUGAUUCCGCUCAACAUUCAUUUGUACAUGCCAAAAGCUGAAGUGUAUUAUAACCAAAUCUUGACGUCAUCCUCAAAUGUUGUUAUCAUUUAUGGUGACACAGACAGUACUCUAGCUGUCAGCUUUAGAACGUGGGUCUCCCGAGGAAUAAAGAAAAUCUGGGUCACCACCUCACAGUGGGAUGUCACUACAAGUAAAAGCGACUUCUCACCUGAAUUGUUCUCUGGGACUCUGGCAUUUGCACACCACCAUGCUGAGGUUUCUGGUUUUAAAAGUUUUAUCCAGACAGUGAACUCUCUCAAAUACUCAGAUGAAUACCUGGCAAGGCUGGAGUGGAUGAACUUUAACUGUGGAGUCUUGGCUUCUAUGUGGAAGACACUGAGGAACUGCUCAUCCAACAACUCAUUGGAAUGGCUGAUUGCACAGACAUUUGACAUGGCUUUUAGUGAUGGCAGCUAUGACAUAUACAAUGCUGUGUAUACCAUGGCCCAUGUCUACCAUGAGAGGUUUCUUCAGCAAACGGGCAAUCAGGAAGUACACCUGGGUAACUGCUUGAAGGUAAAGUCCUUACUUAGGAAGAUUCACUUCACUAAUCCAGUUGGGGACAGAGUGAAUAUGAACCGGAAAGAAAAACUGGAGCCAGAGUAUGACAUUUUCCAGAUUUGGAAUUUCCCAAAUGGUCUUGGACUUAAGGUGAAGAUAGGAAUGUUCAGCCCAUAUUUUCCACAUGGUCAACAGCUCCAUUUAUAUGAAGACAUUCUAGAGUGGGCCACAGGAAGUAGACAGAUGCCGCCCUCUGUGUGCAGUGCUGAUUGUGGUCCUGGAUUCAGAAAAUUCAGGCAGGAGGGAAUGGCAGCCUGCUGUUUUGCUUGCAGUCCCUGCCCAGAAAAUGAAGUUUCUAAUGAGACAAAAAGGAUAACGUCUUUAAUGGGAGCCAACAAACCCUGGCAUGCCAAGUUAAGGCAGGACCAAGCUCCUAACUUUUGUAUUGAUGCUGGACAAUCCAUCCCACCACAGGGAAUGUGUUCCAAAAGGCCAGUUCAUGUGCCACGAAUAGAUCCUGGUUCCACUGCUAGGAAUCCCAUAAACAGACCAGCCUACACAACUCUGGUAUCCUCCUCAAUUUCUUUUUUGAUCCCCUUAUGUUGU